UCACUGCAAGACAACGUGGGUGCGAGUUUACUGAAAUCGGGCAGUCAACAUAUGUGUGCGACGCCACAGAAGUGAUUUAGAAAACCAAAGCUGUUAGGAACACUUGGAAGUUGGAACUAUUCUUAGUGGUGCGAAAAACCUUUAGACAGAAUGAGCUGUCGGAUCCUAAGUGUGAGGUCUGUCUUGAUGGGCUUCAGCCCAGGACUUGGGGUGCAGGGGUGCAACAGCAGCACCCCACAAGCUGCUUGGUGGGCACUAAGCUCUGUUGCAGGGACACGCCUUUAUAGCCACAAGGCCCAGUCAGCACAUCUGAUUCUUGAAAAUGGAGUUCGGAUGAAAGGAUUUUCAUUUGGAACCCCUUCCUCUAUAGCAGGAGAAGUAGUUUUCAAUACAGGGCUAGUUGGUUAUCCGGAGGCCUUGACAGAUCCCAGCUAUCGAGGACAAAUCUUGACACUGACAAACCCUAUUGUUGGUAACUAUGGAGUCCCUAAUACAAAAGAGGUGGAUCAGUUUGGACUGAGGAAAUACAUUGAGUCUGAGCGAAUCCAGGUGUCUGGACUCCUGGUGCAGGACUAUAGUCAGGAAUACAGUCACUGGAACUCGGUGAAGUCCCUGGGGGAGUGGCUUCAAGAAGAAAAGAUUCCAGCUUUGUAUGGAAUAGAUACAAGAAUGCUUACUAAAAUCAUAAGGGAUAAGGGCACUGUACUUGGGAAAAUUGAAUUUGAUGGACAGCCAGUGGAAUUUGUUGAUCCCAAUGUACGGAAUUUAAUAUCAGAAGUCUCAACAAAGGAGAUGAAAGUAUAUGGCUCUGGGAAUCCCAUUAAAAUUGUGGCAGUGGAUUGUGGAGUAAAGCACAACAUUAUAAGGCUGCUAGUUAAGAGAGGAGCUGAAGUUCGUUUAGUUCCCUGGAAUCAUGAUUUUUCUAAGAUGGAAUAUGAUGGCUUGUUCCUCUCCAGUGGACCUGGAAAUCCAGCGUUAGCAACAACAUUAAUUGAGACACUUAGGAAGGUGAUUUCAGGUGACCGCCCAGAGCCAAUAUUUGGGAUCUGCAUGGGGAACCAGAUGGCAGCUUUAGCAGCAGGAGCAAAAUCCUAUAAAUUGCCAAUGGCAAACAGGGGACAGAACCAACCAGUGCUGAAUAUGAUGAGUGGACAAGCUUUCAUCACCGCCCAAAAUCAUGGCUAUGGCAUAGACACCAGCUCCUUGCCCCUUGGGUGGAAACCAUUGUUUGUGAAUGUCAAUGAUGGAACAAAUGAGGGUAUAAUGCACGAGACCAAACCAAUAUUCACAGCACAGUUUCAUCCUGAAGCAAAUGGAGGACCAACAGACACAGAGUUCCUUUUUGAUGCCUUUAUUGAUCUUAUCAAGAAAGGAAAAGGUACAAACAUUGCUUCAGUUAUACCAAAGAUCCACAGUCCACCAAAACCUAUUGAGGUUUCUAAAGUGCUUAUCCUUGGAUCUGGAGGCCUGUCAAUUGGCCAGGCAGGUGAAUUUGAUUAUUCUGGUUCUCAGGCUAUUAAAGCACUGAAGGAAGAAAGCAAGAAAACUAUCCUCAUGAAUCCCAAUAUUGCUUCAGUACAGACCAAUGAAGUGGGAACAAAACAAGCAGAUUCUGUUUACUUUCUCCCUAUCACCCCAGACUUUGUAACAGAGGUUAUCAAGGCAGAGAGACCAGAUGGAAUACUUCUCUCAAUGGGAGGACAAACUGCUCUCAACUGUGGUGUGGAACUGUUUAAGCGAGGCACUCUUAAGGAGUAUGGAGUAAAAGUGCUGGGAACAUCUGUUGAGUCUAUAAUGGCAACAGAAGAUCGACAACUAUUUUCAGACAAGCUUUUGGAAAUCAAUGAAAAUAUUGCUCCAAGUAUUGCUGUGGAAUCAGUUGAAGAUGCUGUUAAAGCAGCAGAAAAAAUUGGUUACCCAGUGAUGAUCCGAUCAGCUUAUGCUCUUGGUGGCCUUGGCUCAGGCUUAUGUGUCAAUAAGGAGAAGCUAGUAGAAGCAGCUACAGUAGCUUUUUCACUGACCAAUCAAAUCCUGGUGGAGCAGUCAUUAAUAGGUUGGAAGGAGGUGGAGUAUGAAGUGGUGAGAGAUGCAGCAGACAACUGUGUCACUGUAUGUAACAUGGAAAACAUGGAUCCCAUGGGAAUACACACAGGUGAUUCCAUUGUGGUUGCACCCAGCCAGACUUUGUCUAAUGAAGAAUUCCAUAAGCUGAGAGAGACUGCCAUCAAAGUGGUUCGGCACCUUGGUAUUAUAGGGGAGUGUAACAUUCAGUAUGCCUUGCACCCUUCUUCUCUCGAGUACUGUAUUAUUGAAGUCAAUGCUAGGCUUUCACGAAGUUCAGCUUUGGCUUCUAAAGCCACUGGAUAUCCUUUGGCUUUUAUUGCUGCAAAACUUGCUCUGGGAAUUUCACUACCUGAUAUCAAGAACAUGGUUUCAGGCAAGACUACUGCCUGCUUUGAACCUAGUUUGGACUACAUUGUGACCAAAAUUCCUCGCUGGGAUUUAGACCGAUUCCAAGGCACAACUGGUCAGAUAGGUAGUUCCAUGAAGAGUGUAGGAGAGGUUAUGGCAAUUGGUCGGACAUUUGAAGAGAGCUUUCAAAAGGCACUCCGUAUGUGCCAUCCUUCUAUUGAUGGCUUUAUGUCUGAGUUGCCCAUGAAGAAGCCCUGGCAGGAUGAUUUUAAUUACCAAAAGGAGCUUUCUGUGCCAUCCAGCACAAGAACAUAUGCAGUAGCAAAGGCAUUGCAGAGUGGCGUUUCUGUGGAUGAUAUUUACCAACUGACUGCCAUUGACAAGUGGUUCCUGUACAGAAUGCAGGGAAUAGUGCAAGUUGAGAACAUGUUGAAGAAGCAUACCAGGGCAAACAUCUCAGAGGACCUGUUAAUAAAAGCUAAGCAGGAUGGUUUCUCAGACAGACAGAUCGGGAAGCUUAUGCAAAGCUCUGAAGCAGACAUCCGGAAUCUGAGGCUUAAGAAGAAUAUCAAACCAUGGGUUAAGCAGAUCGAUACUCUUGCUGCUGAAUACCCUGCUAUAACAAAUUACCUCUACUGUACCUACAAUGGAAUGGAGCAUGACCUAAAGUUCGAUGACCAUGGUGUCAUGGUUCUAGGAUGUGGACCUUAUCAUAUCGGAAGCAGUGUGGAAUUUGACUGGUGUGCUGUCUCCUGCAUUCGAAGCCUGCAGCUACUUGGCAAGAAGACAGUGGUUGUCAACCAUAACCCUGAAACAGUGAGCACAGACUUUGAUGAGUGUGAUAGACUGUACUUUGAAGAGCUCUCACUGGAAAGGAUUUUAGACAUCUAUCAACAAGAGGACUGCAAUGGAUGUGUGAUCAGUGUUGGCGGGCAGAUCCCAAACAACCUUGCUGUUCCUCUUUAUAAGAAUGGAGUGAAGAUUCUGGGCACAGAUCCUCUACAGAUUGACAGAGCUGAAGAUCGUUCUGUAUUCUCUGCAGUCCUUGACGAGUUAAAUGUGUCACAGGCACCAUGGACAGCAGUUAGCUCUCUGGAAGAUGCUCUUGCAUUUGCUGAUUCAGUGGGAUAUCCAUGCUUACUAAGACCUUCUUACGUGUUGAGUGGUUCAGCAAUGAAUGUGGCUUAUGAAGAGAAGGAGAUGAAAAAAUUUCUUGAGGAAGCAGCCAGAGUCUCACAGGAACAUCCUGUUGUCAUCACUAAGUUUGUGGAAGGUGCCAGAGAAGUGGAAAUGGAUGCUGUUGCCAAGAAUGGAAAAGUCCUAACCCAUGCUAUCACAGAGCAUGUUGAAGAUGCUGGUGUACACUCAGGAGAUGCUACACUAAUGCUGCCUACACAGACAAUCAGCCAGGGGGCUUUGGAGAAGGUGAAGAUAGCAACCAGGAAAAUUGCUAAAGCUUUUGAGAUUUCUGGACCAUUUAACGUGCAAUUCUUGGUGAAAGGAAAUGAUGUCAUGGUUAUUGAGUGUAAUCUCAGAGCAUCUCGAUCAUUUCCAUUUGCUUCCAAAACAAUUGGCAUUGAUUUUAUUGAUGUUGCCACAAAAGUGAUGACUGGUGUUCCAUUGGAUGAGUCAAAUCUCCCAACCCUGGAAAACCCAAUCAUUCCUGUUGACUACGUUGGUAUUAAGGCCCCUAUGUUUUCUUGGCCAAGACUGCGAAAUGCUGAUCCCAUUCUGCGCUGUGAGAUGGCUUCCACUGGAGAGGUUGCUUGCUUUGGGUCUAAUAUUUAUUCUGCCUUCUUAAAGGCAAUGCUGUCAACUGGUUUCAGACUACCAGAGAAAGGAAUUUUGAUUGGAAUUCAGCAUUCCUUCCGGACUCGAUUUUUGGAUACAGCACAGCAGCUACAUGAGCAGGGCUUUAAGCUAUUUGCAACAGAAGGUACUUCCAUGUGGCUCAAUGCUAAUGAUGUACCCACAGUUACCGUGGGAUGGCCAACGCAGGAUGAACAAGGUGAAAAGCACAAUUACCCUUCCAUCAGCCGGCUAAUGGCUGAUGGUCAGAUUGACUUGAUUAUUAAUCUCCCAAACAACAAUACAAAGUUUGUUCAUGACAACUUCCUGAUCCGCAGGAUGGCUAUCGAUCAUGGACUACCACUUGUAACUAACUUCCAGGUUGUGAAAUUAUUUGCAGAGGCAAUUAAACGGUGUGGUCAACUGGACAGUACAAGUCUCUUCCAUUACAGGAAGAUGGACGUAAGCAGGAGAGCAUAUUGACAGAUGAAAGUAUGACUGAUGAUGUAGCAGUCAUUACCAACAGAAGUAGAUCCCAAGUCUGCAGGCUAUUGCCCUAAGGGCAGUCAAGUAAAAACUGGGAACAUGUCCAUUUGUUUACUUUACAAAUUUGCAUAUAAAAUUGUUUCCCCAAUUUUCUGGGGGUAUUUUGAUGUAUUUUUUGUGAAAUAAUAAAAAUAAAUUCUUUAA